UUUUCUGGGUCUGGUUUAUUGGGUGGUUCUGGUCUCUUGACACUGUAAUUGCCCUCGAAGAACCUCAUCAUGACAAAAAGUACACGGGGGGCUGAUACUUUUGUUGACUUUACAGCGGUGACGCUUCCUAUGAGAGAGGGGAGGAGGAGAGAGACCAUGCAUAAGUAUGGCUAGACACAAGAAGGGUUACAGAAACGAGAAGAGAUCUCUUUUGAAGAAGUGAACAAAUUUGUGGGAUCGUGGGUUGGUGACGAAAACAGCAAAGACAAGAGAAAGGAAAAGAAAAAGGGAGGGGGGGAAAGGAUGGGGAGAGGAAGGGUGGAGCUGAAGAGGAUCGAGAACAAGAUCAACAGGCAAGUGACCUUUGCGAAGAGAAGGAAUGGUCUUUUGAAGAAAGCUUACGAGCUUUCCGUGCUUUGCGAUGCGGAGGUUGCUCUCAUCAUCUUCUCCAAUAGAGGAAAGCUGUACGAGUUCUGCAGCAGCUCGAGCAUGCUCAAGACUCUAGAGAGAUAUCAGAAGUGCAACUAUGGAGCCCUGGAGCCGAAUGUGUCUGCAAGAGAAUCCUUGGAGCUAAGCUGUCAGCAGGAAUAUUUGAGACUUAAGGCUCGUUACGAAGCGCUACAGCGAACUCAAAGGAAUCUUCUGGGAGAAGAACUCGGCCCGUUAAGCAGCAAAGAGCUCGAGUCCUUGGAAAGGCAGUUAGAUGCGUCAUUGAAGCAGAUCAGAUCACGAAGGACUCAGUGCAUGUUGGAUCAGCUGAGUGAUCUUCAACGUCGGUUGCUUCACGAAGCAAACAAGGCCUUGAAUCAACGGUUGAUGGAAGGAUACCAAGUGAAUGCGCUCCAGUUGAAUCAAUAUGCAGAGGAAGUCGGAGGAUACGGUCAUCCGCCGCCGCCGCCGCCCCCACAUGCUCAGCCUCACGGUGAAGCCUUUUUUCAUCCCUUGGAAUGCGAACCCACUUUGCAAAUGGGCAUAUACCAACCCGAUCCGAUGUCGUCUGCUGUAACGGGAGGGCCAAGUACAAAUAACUUCAUGCCCGGAUGGUUGCCUUGAAGACGACGAGGCCGUUGAGCGCUUGUAUCGAUUCUGGCCGUAAGAAUCAGUGUCUUAUGUCUGCCGUUCGAUGAACAUGCCGAAUUGAUAAUGCUGCUAUUAACUUUUGUGUUGGACCUUAGGGGCUUUGUAACCCUAAUCGCUUUCGGAUCGUUUGUUCACUAAAACACUGGAUUAGUACUUUCAAACCUAUCUACAAUAAUCUGCCUCUACAA